ACGCCAAGCGCGCGACGUGAGCUGCUGGCUGGCCCCAAGGCUCUCUUCAGGCCGCGGAUGUGACAAUGGAAGGCUUGGAUGGCGCAGAAGACAUCAGCGAUGUCAAUGAGCUGCGCUUCCGCAUCGCAGCGCUCGAAGCUCGUCUCAAGGACGUACGAGCAGAGGAAAUCCAAGCACAAACCAAUUCUUCUACCCUCCGAACUGCUCAGAACCUAGACGAGUUUGGCCACAGCGACUUUAUCACUUUUGUCAAUGUCAAGGACGAGAACAAUCUCUCUCUGGAUGAGCAGAGACAGCGAGGCUGGCUCCACUACUUUUGGCAUCGCUACAACUUCAGUACUUUUGUUCACCGACCGCGACUUCACCAAUGGCUAUCUUACGAGGAGGUGGGCAAGCCCCGCAUUUUCCGCGACAUCAACGAGCGGACAACUUCUCGCUUCGAGCUCUUCUUUGAUCUUCUCUUUGUCGGUUUAGUCCACCAGCUGGCGGAAGCCACCGCAGAGCAGCCCAAUGGCUACGGACUCGCUCGCUUCGUCUUGACGUUCUGCCCGGCGUACAGCAUUUGGGGCGACAUGAGAGACUUCAUCAACCAGUUUGGCAAUGAUGAUAUGCUCCAACGUCUGUACAUCAUCUGGACCAUGAUUCUCUUGGUCGGCUAUCAGGUCAACGCUGGAUCGGCCAAUCUACAGCCAGAAGGUGAGAUAGGCGAGGAGCUCGCGCGUCAAUCGCAUAGAGCCAUACAGUAUGCUCUCGCUUUCGUCGUUGUCGCUAAAGCUAGCCGGAUCGCUGUCAUAUCUGCCUAUGCGAAGUACUUGCCACUCUCGAGACGAGCCAUGAUGAUCAACUCGCUCGUCACUCUCUUCCUGCUGGUCUCAUACCUCGUCGCCAUCUGGUUGCCCAUCACUGGCAUCUACGCUCUCGUCAUCGUGGCUAUCUUGGGCGAAUACGCACUCAAGAUAUCUGCUCUGAUGAUACUGCGCUUCAUCUCUACAUUAACAAGCCGCCGGCGCAAGGCCAAAGAUGCGGAAGCCGUGCCGCAAGACAACACGCAGAACAGCUCCUCAGCAUCUCCUCACGAGGAGAAAUUGGAAGGCUAUGUUACACCUGUCAAGAUGCUGACCGCUUCCACGACGCUCCAGCGCUACCCUGCUGUCGCCAUCGAGCAUCACAUCGAGAGGCUGGCCUGCUUCACCAUCAUCGUCCUUGGCGAGCUCGUCGUCAAUAUCCUGUUCAGGACAGAAUCACCUCCAGGCCUGAAUUCAGAAACGGGUCGAUCUGUGCUCGGCCUCAUGGUCGCGUUCAACCUCAAUUGGAUCUAUUCCGAGUCCGAAGUCUGCCACCAUUACGUCCACGCCGUGCGACGCAACUGGCUCACUUCAUUCCUUUAUACAACUUUGCACUUGCCACUGUCACUCGCCUUGCUCCUUGCCAGCGCAGCAAUGGCCAGACUGGUCGAAGCUGAGCACAGCGAAGAAGUACCGAGAGCAAUCUACUUUUUCCAAUCUUCUGGUUUCGGGCUCGCCGUCAUCCUCAUGGGCUGCAUCGGCUUCCUCCACAAGCCAACACAUUCGCACCGAAGGCGUGGUCUGCUCAUUGCGUUCAGACUUGCAGUGGGUACUGUCUCGUGCUUUAUACCGUUCGCAAAGGACACGAUCUCGCCUCUACAGUUACAAGGCAUCAACGUCAGUCUCACAUCGCUUAUCAUCAUCUUGGAAGCUGUCAGUAAGCUUCAAAGGGUCGGGCCGGACGCGCAUGUCCGACCUACUGCGCCUGUCAAGGCGAAGCCUUACAUGUAGUACAGGGGCCACCAGUGUCGAUUCUUCCUUUUCUUGGGCUGUUGUAGGGUUAUGAGUAAUUCGAUGCUGAUUCAUUUAUGCAAUGCACGUCAUUUGAUGGCAAAGCCGGGGCGACAGGGAGCAAGCAUCCGCGUUAUAGACGCAUGCAUCGUGUUCAUGAUGGUUUCAAUUAACAUUGACUAGAGUACGGAGAGAGCAGGGCUGCCCUUGCAAGCCGGUUGAGAGAACCUCGUCUCGAUGUAGGG